AAAAUUGAGUCCUCAAGCACUUUCGCCGCGCGCUGCCGAAGGAACGGCAGAACUACUCGUCCCGGCAGCACCCGCGCGUGCGAUUGACCUUCCCCUUCCUUCUCUUCCGAACUUCGCGUGCUGGAGGCCCGGCAGAGCCAUGCCGAAGGUGAAGACGAAAUCGCGCUCGCGACAGCAGCGUGGAGAAGGGAAAGGCCCCGUAGGCAUUAGGUUCAAUACUGGACUUGGUCAGCAUAUUUUGAAAAAUCCCCUAAUUGUUAACAGCAUUAUAGAAAAGGCUUCCUUAUACCCUACAGAUGUUGUUUUAGAAAUUGGUCCUGGAACUGGCAACAUGACAGUGAAAAUGUUAGAAAAGGUGAAAAAGGUAAUUGCUUGUGAACUUGAUGUAAAGCUUGCUGGUGAACUUCAAAAAAGAGUCCAGGGAACACACUUGGCUAACAAACUUGAAAUAAAAAUUGGAGAUGUAUUGAAAAGCGACCUCCCUUUUUUUGAUGCUUGUGUGGCUAAUUUGCCUUACCAAAUUUCUUCUCCCUUUGUUUUUAAGCUAUUGCUGCAUCGGCCUUUCUUUAGGUGUGCAAUACUCAUGUUUCAAAGAGAAUUUGCUCUUCGCCUAGUUGCAAAACCAGGCUCUCACCUAUAUUGUAGGCUGUCUGUUAAUACUCAGCUGUUAGCUCGUGUUGAUCAUCUAAUGAAAGUAAGAAAAAAUAAUUUUAAACCACCACCAAAAGUUGAAUCCAGUGUUGUAAGGAUAGAACCAAAGAACCCUCCACCUCCAAUUAACUUUCAGGAGUGGGAUGGUCUACUAAGGAUAGUGUUUGUCAGGAAAAACAAGACACUUGCUGCAGUUUUUAAUUCAAAUGUUGUGAAACAGCUGCUGGAACAGAAUUACCGAAUUCACUGUUCACAAAAUAAUUUGCAAAUUCCUGAAAAUUUCAAUAUUGCUGAACUUAUACGUGAAAUCCUAAAAGAUACAGGUUAUUUAGAAAAACGUGCUCGAAUAAUGGAUAUUGAUGACUUUAUAAGUGUUCUUCAUGGCUUCAAUGCUAAAGGGAUUCACUUUUCCUGAAGGGAUUACACAAAAGCUGCUGCAAAGAUUGAACUAAUUUAUAUAAAUAAAUGUUACAAUUGAUUUUAUUCACAAUGAAUGUAAACCAACCAUCAUCUGGCUAUUGUCCAGUUUUUGCUUUUUUAUUUUAUUUGAUGAAUAAUGAAGCCAUUUAUAAAUAUUAUUAAAAUCAUCUGGAAAUGGGUCCCAUAGUAUCUUGCUUCUCCCAGUAUGUGCUUGAUAUCCCAAGCUAAGUACUGAUAUUGUUACUCAUUAAAAAUUGUGUAACUGAUAUGGAAGUUAGGAUUUUCUCUAAUGCCAAACUUGACAUUCUUUGUCUUUUUUAAGGGCUAAAUGUUCUUUAUGUUGUGGAUUGCAAUAAUUAUUUCUUAUCAAAGUAAUGGCUUCUAGUAAUAUCUGUAUUUACAAGACUACAAUGUAGUCUUUAAUACUGUACAAUAAUUUUCUCCAUGCUCUGUAUUUUAUGUCAUGGUUGUAUUUUUGUGUGUGUGCACAUAUGCAUGUGUGUUCUGUCAGUUUUUGACUACUGGCAAUUCCCUGGACUAGUCCAUGGAUUUUUCUUGGCAAAGUAUUUUGGAAGUGGAUUGCUAUUGCCUCCUUCCUAGAGCUGAGACAAUGACUGGCCCAAGGCCAUCCAGGUGGGACUAGGAUUCGUGAUCACCUGGUGAUUUCUAAUCUGAUGCUUUAACUGCUACAUCAAAAUUCUUCAGAUAAGUACAGUGAAUCCAUACCUUUGCUUAAAAGAGUAAAGUCUCUAAUUCUUAAAUUAUA